UUUUAAGGAGUUAGGUAUUCUCUUUUUUGUUUUCCCCCAAAAGAGCGAGCGUCGUCGGAAGACUCGGAACCGCCACCUCCUCCUUCUUCGUCCACGCACGCGCCGGCAUCUCCUCCUCCUCCUCCUUCUUCCUUUAUUUUUCUUCUCCUCUUAUUUCCUCUUCUCCUCCCAACACCAGCACGAGCACCAGCAACAGAAACUUCUCCUCCCCUUCCAGCCCUCUCCCAGUCGCAGCUGCUUCUUCCCAGCAGCUUCUUUCUCUUUUUCCAAGCAAAAAACAGCAGCAGCCCCCUUUUCUUCCUUUUUCUUCAGCCAACGGCAACAGUUCCUGCCUCUUCUUCCCAGCAGCUUCUAUUCACCGCCGCUGGCUGGCUGAGCCAAGGGAGAGAGCCACCGGCCCUCUUUUUGCCCUAACUAAGAAGGAUAAUAGGUUUAUCUCCAUUUUCGAACCUCUUGGCAUCGGUCUUUGUAUCAACAAAACAACUCCAUUGUAUGUCGGCCGGUAAUGGUGCCAGCCUUUUCUGGGUGGUCGGUGCCUCAGAGCAGCUUUCCGGUUAGCUUUCUUUAUGCCAGUUGAAGAGCUAGAUAGUUCAAGUCCCCUGAAUCAGGGUCAUAGACAUGAAACGAAGGGCCUAUGGCUGAAGAGCAUCUAGCAACAUCAAUAGGGGAACUGACUCUUGAAAAAGUUGUUGUUUCAUCCAUUGGAUUUGAAGAAAAUGUUCAAAUCGAGCAUGCGUCUGAUGACUGUUGGUUUGAUGAUGAACCUCCUGUUGAGACUUCAGAUGCCGAGUUAAUCAGAGAGCAGAAGUGGCGCCAUGACCAUUUUUAUACAAUGGGUUAUCGAGAUGGUAUAUCUGCAGGCAAAGAGGCUUCUGCCCAAGAAGGCUUCAAUGUGGGCUUCAAGCAAUCCGCACAUGAUGGUUAUAAAUGGGGCAAUGUUAGGGGCAUUGCAAGUGCAUUUGCUAGUCUUCCCGAUGAUUCAAAGAAGAAAUUGUUGAAGAAAUUUGACGAUAAAGAAAAUUUUCACAGUUUAUACGAGUCGGUGCAAGCAAUUUCCACCGACAAUGCUCUGAAAAUAUAUUAUGUCCAUCUCUUGCAAAAUGAUAAGCAAUUCAAAGAACAACUGAAAGGGAAUCCUCAAGAAUCAGCAUCAGCAUCAGCAGCAGCAGGUAAAGAAUCAAACUCUAAUGAGUUAAACUUCCUUCUUGAGGUUCUUACAUCACUCGUUCACGAAUCUUCAAGAAUCAAGUCGAGUAUUGUGGAAAAGAGUGGAUUUGAUAACAAGUAGCAUUGUUUAUGCAAAUUCAGCACUAUGAUUUGAUACUAUAAUUAGAUAUUUGGAGUUUGAGUGAACACUUGAUAAGUUAAGUUGUGGGAUCUGAUCAAUUGAUUUAGCUUGUAAAACCAAAUUGUGGUAAUGGGAAUCAAAAUUUUGAUUGGGUUAGAUUGUAGCGGGAUGUAAUUUGAUUGAUCAUUUAGUUUAUU